AUCUGCCGUCGAGGAUUUUUCAACAGUGUAUGAAGAUCAAAACCCAAAUAUCUCUAUAAUUUUUUUCUACUCAAGUAACGGACAUUUGAUAUCUACUUUUUUGCCUCCAGUUUGUUCAAGAAGGAAAAUCUAGAUUUUAGCCAUCACAAUCCCGCCCAUUAAGCCAUUUUUCAGCCAUAAUGAAAAAGUCAUGACAGUUGAGGUUCUCUUUAACUGUUAUAACUGAGAUUUGUUGCUGUAAAGCACAAUAUAUAGCUUAAACCACCCGAGCCGCAGAGGAGAGGUAUUAAUAAAAUGGCAGUAGGCCCGGUGGACCCCCGGGAAGUGCUUAAAGGGGUGGAGGACCUGCUGGGGAAAGAUGGAGAGCUUCGCAGCUUGGAGGGAGUUGCUAAGGUGUUUAGUCUCAUGAAGGCCUCUCACAAAAUGGUUGGCAGAUGCAUGUACCUUAACAUCUUACUACACACCAAAUCCCAUGACAUUCUCAACAGAUUUAUCCGCGUUGGUGGCUAUAAGCUCCUGAACUCAUGGCUGACGUACUCCAAGACCACCAAUAACACUCCUCUUCUCCAGCUCAUUCUGCUUACCCUGCAGAAACUGCCUCUUACUGUCGACCACCUUAAACAGAAUAACACAGCCAAGUUGGUGAAACAUCUGAGCAAGAGUGGGGAGACAGAAGAGUUAAGGAAGCUUGCCUCCGUUCUGGUGGAUGGCUGGAUGGCCAUUAUUCGUUCCCAGAGUGUGUCGGGAGCUUCACCUAACGACAAAAAACGAAAGAAGGAUGAGGGUAAAGUGCGGCCAGAAGUAAAGGCAGGGGAGGGAGGGAAAGAUGAAGAGAAAAAGAGAGAGAAGCCUAAAGCCCAUGCACCCAGCCACGCCAAGAUUCGCUCAACAGGUUUGGAAGUUGAGAACCCAACUCCAGUCCCUGCAAAGAAGCCCACUUCAGCUCCUCAGCUUGGAGACAAAUACAACAUUAAGCCAGCUGUGCUCAAGAGACCAAGCUCCGGUCCAUCUGAUGCCCCACCGGUGGAGAAGAAAUAUAAGCCCCUCAACACCACCCCCAACUCUGCCAAAGAGAUCAAAGUCAAGCUUAUCCCCCCACAACCCAUGGAGUGCACUGGGUUUCUGGAUGCCCUGAACUCUGCUCCAGUCCCUGGUAUUAAGAUUAAAAAGAAGAAGCCUAAGGCUGCCUCUCCCACAUCUAACAAGCCUUGCCCAUUUGACGGCAAACCCAAUGCUUACACAUCCACGCAGCCCAAACCCUCUUCACCGGAGGCCCCUGCCUCUCAGACACCUCCUCAUGAGCCCCAGGAUCUGGAGCAGCCAGGGACACCUGUGCCCAGUGAGGACCCAGAGGCAAUGGACACAGGAGACAAGCCUAACGCUCUGUCUGAGCCCCGGGGGGAGGAGGAGAGUCAGUUCACCAAGAAAGGAAAGCGAAAGAAGAGCGUUCGCUGGGCAGAGGAGGAGCACCUCAAAGAGUACUUUUAUUUUGACUUGGAUGAAACUGAGAGAGUGAACGUGAAUAAGAUUAAGGACUUUGGGGAGGCAGCCAAGCGAGAGCUGAUGAUGGACAGGCAGACAUUUGAAAUGGCUCGUCGCCUGUCUCACGAUGCCAUGGAGGAGAGGGUUCCCUGGACACCCCCGCGCCCUCUCACCCUUUCGGGCAGCUUAGUCACCCCAGGAGCAAACAGCAGCGAGAGGCUCACUCAGAGAGACCGCGAGAUGGGUAUCCUGCAGGAGAUCUUCCUCAGCAAAGAGAGCGUGCCAGACAGCCCUCACGAGCCGGACCCCGAGCCGUACGAGCCCAUGCCCCCACGCCUUAUCCCCCUGGACGAGGACUGCUCCAUGAUGGAGGAGAAUUACAUGGAGUCUGGGGAGAAUGCCAUGCCCACUGGCCCCUCCUCUACCCCCAGUGAGGGCUCCAAACUGCCCCCUGUCCUGGCCAACCUCAUGGGCAGCCUGGGUAACAGUGGCCGCAGCCCUCAGACGCAGGGUAACGGCCCCCCUCCCAACAACAACCCUGCCGUCAACGUACAGGAGCUGCUCAGCUCUAUCAUGGGCGCUCAGAAUAACCAGUCUCCUGAGGACCUGAUCAAACAGCCAGACUUCUCUGAUAAGAUCAAGCAGCUCUUAGGCUCCCUUCAACAGAAUCAGAAUCAGAACCAGAACCCUCCACCCAAUGCCCCACCGAUGAACACUGGAUUGCUGGGUCACGCUCCAGGCAUGAACAUGAACAAUAUGAACAUGCAGAUGCCCAUGAACGGGGGCUACCCACCAAACAAGCCCCCCGGCCCAGGCCCUCACUACAACCAUCCUCCUCCCCCUCACGGCCAUGGGCCUCCCUUCAACGCUGGUGGAGGCCCCCGCAUGAUGGGACCCCCGCCCGGACCCCAGGGCCGCAACGACAAUGGAAACUACUGGGGAGACGACUCCAUGAGAGGAGGUCCACACCGGGGUGGGGGGCACUUCCACCGCGGAAGAGGAAGAGGAGGAGACCAGGGCUUCAGGGGACGAGGAGGACGCGGAGGCCCACGGGGUGGACACAACAACUCCCACAUGGGAGACAUGUCCAAGAGGCCAGUGUGUCGGCAUUUCAUGAUGAAAGGAAACUGUCGAUAUGAAAACAGCUGUGCGUUCUACCACCCUGGAGUUAAUGGACCCCCACUGCCGCCACAACAUGGUCACUAACUGACCUCCAUCUUCACCUCACCGCUCUCACACACACACACACAGCAAUGCUGAUGACCUCUUCAUUCUGGGUGGGGGCAAGGGGAGGGGGGCAGCAGAACUGAGAAUAAGCCUCGUGAACCACUGAAGCCAGAGGAACACAAUGUUCCCCACAAGUGAGGAGGAACUGGUCACCUGUCCCCCCCUACUCUAUGCUAGCAGCCUCCACCAUCUGGACAAGGUUUAGAGACAACAUUGAGAAGGAAUGAAACCGAAAGACAAACAGCUUUCUUUCUUCUCUGAACUCAACACUAUUGUUUUUGUUCUCUUUAUAUCUGGACUUUUCAGAAGUCCGAAGAUGGAAAAAACACACAAGUUAGGAUCCGCUGAUAAAUGCCCAGAACUUUUCCGGUGUAGGCCGACGUCUGGCAAGACAAAAGAGAGGAUGAAUUCAACAGAACUCCCUGCUGUCGUUUUGUUAAAUUUAAAGAGAAAACAUCCUGGCAGA